AUGUUUACUCCGCACACUAGGAAGAGAUUGCCAGCCCAGGAGGGCCCACGCCAUCCUCGGUCCGGGACUGGCGUUUCGCCCCGCGAGGACGCCACCACCACCCCUCUGGCUCCACGCUGCCGCGUGCCCUCGAGCGGCUCUAAGGCCGGAAGGCCGCAGGACGGUUUUUCGGUGUGUGGAGAGUCUAGGGACACGCGGGACAGAGAGCUCGCCCCAACCCUCCCUGCCUUCCGGCCCACUGGGCCCACGACCCUCCUCACCACGCACCGAUCUGCACAGCACCGGAACCCAACCAGUCCCGCCUACCUGCGCGCGGCAUCCAGCCAUCGCACAACUUUAGACCAAUGGAAGAAAAAAGCGGCAAAAGUUGAAUUGAAUGACACCCAAAAGCAAGAAAUUAAAGAGGCCUUUGACUUGUUCGAUAUUGAUGGAUCUGGAACCAUAGAUCUGAAAGAAUUGAAGAUUGCAAUGCGGGCCUUAGGAUUUGAGCCGAAGAAAGAAGAAGUAAAACAGUUGAUAACUGAAAUCGACAAGGAAGGGACAGGCACGAUUUGUUUUGAAGAUUUUUUCGCCAUUAUGAGCAUAAAAAUGAGUGAAAAAGACGAGAAGGAAGAAAUACUGAAGGCGUUUAAAUUAUUUGAUGACGAUGCUACUGGAAGCAUAUCACUAAAUAACAUCAAGAGGGUUGCCAAGGAGCUAGGGGAAAACUUAACCGAAGAUGAGUUACAGGAAAUGCUUGAUGAAGCUGAUCGUGAUGGGGAUGGAGAGAUAAAUGAGGAAGAAUUCUUGAAGAUGAUGAGGAAGACCAGCCUUUAUUAGCUCUGCUUUGUGCUGUCCAAGACGUUUGGACAGCUUGCCUGUUAAGCAGUUCAGUAAUGUAAUACCUUAGUGUACCUAUUUCCAUUUUUGUUUUGGUUAGUCCCUUGGUAUCUACUCUGUGCCAGAAGUUAUGUGUCCCUACCAAUGUCAUUAAAUCUGUAGUAGCAAGAAACAAACAAACAAACAAAAAACAAAAGCAUGAUUUAUUUGAACCAUGAACCACAAAAACAGUAUUUCCUUAUGCUAUUUUUAAAACUGUAGAUUCCAAAGACAUUUAACUCUUUAUUUUUCAGUUGAAUAAACUUGACCCCCAAAUCCAGAUGAAAUUGUUUUUAAAACCAACCUGAAAAUGGCAUUUUUCCAUUAUUUCCUCUUAUAUAACUUUUAAAAACUUGAUAAAUGUGUUUUUAAUCUGCUCCUCCAAUAUGUAAAGUGUUAAUAAAACUGGCUGAAGUAGUGU